GUCGUGUUUGACUGUGUGAAAGAAAAGAUGUUAAGAUCUACCGUUUUGAUCUGUAUUGGAUAUAUACAUGCUGUAGGUUCGCAAAGUCCAGAAUUGCUUUCAAAUGCAACAUUCGUGGAUGCUAAUGGUGCAUUAAAGUUGACAUGCACUCAAUCAAAAUCGAAUGUUGUGAUAUGGUGGCGGAAGCCAGUGGAUGGUAGUCAAUUUGACAAUGUUCUGGCAGCUUCCACAGGCAGCACAUGCUUGUUCGACCAUACACCUUUACCUGACAUGUUUGCUGGGUGUGACUGUGCAGGAUCCACGUUUACCUGCACCCUGAUAUCCGUAUCACGAAACAAUGAUGGAGACAAAUGGAAGUGUUCCGCUGUUACAAGCCCGCAGAGUUUCAGUCAGGAAUUAACAAUUGCUGUGGCAGUGCCUGUGAUCAGUGUUAAGUUGACUCCAGACCUACCAGUAAUUUCUGUGUUACAAAACGUAUCAAUCAGCUUCAUCAAAUGUGAAUCAUCAGAGGGUCGUCCUACCCCAAUCAUUACUUGGUAUAUGGAUAAAGUCACACCUUUGGAUUACACCGACGAUGAAAAAAUUACUAAAGGAGGCAUUAGUAAUGUAGCAGGAGACCGGACGACAAGCACUCUGACAAUUACUCCUUCACUGCAACAGCAUGGGUCAUUUAUAUACUGCAACGUCACCAAUGGAUACGGGCCAAUCAUAUCCGACAGGAAACUCCGUAUUGACGUGUUGGUCGCCCCAUCCACACCAAAAGUUCUGUACAAGAAUGUGAUUGUUGACACCAUUACUGUGAUACAAAAUAGCUCUGUAUCGCUGGAAUGCACCUCUUCUGGGAAUCCAACGCCAAACAUAUCAUGGAAAUUAACCAAUGGCUCUGUUAAUAAUAACGCAGCUAUUGAACUAAAAUUUAUGCAAAGUGCGGACGCAAUUACGCUCACCUGCACGGCCACAAGUGUCAUGCAGCCAACACACGGAAGUACAACAAAAUGUAAUAAUGCAACUUCUUUACUGGUUAGCAUUUUAUAUCCACCGACCACCCCAACGUGUGUCAUCGAAAAUAAUGUUAUAACAUCAAAUUACAUACGUGCAAUUAAAAACACAUCUAUAACAAUUAAUUGUACCAGCAAUAGCAACCCCCCUCCAAUGAACUACACGUGGACGCUGUCUGGCGGACUGAAACGAGAUGGACAAACUUUCACGAUACCAAACGUACUAUCUAGCGGUACUUACAAAUUGGAUGUCAACAAUGUGAUGAACUCAAGUUCAGCCCCGAAAGUCAUUAUUGGAAAUGCCAAUGUGAUAUUAACACUUGACAUGUUAUUCGCAGUGGCGGUGCGACCAAUUGCGAAUACAACGGUGUUACAAAACGGGACAUUGUCUGUCGCGUGUCCAUACACCGAAGGAAACCCACCAAAGACGAAUUUCAUGUGGGUACAAGUAAAGACAACGCGCGUUGUCGGGUUCGAGCAAACUCUUAUGUUUCCAAAUAUGCAAAUCACUGACGAGGGAUUUUAUAAGUGCAGAGUAAACAACACAAUGGAACCUUCAGGUUGCUGUCCACAGACGGCAUACGAUGAAACACUGUUUUACGUUGAUGUACAAUAUCCUUCCAGUAUACAGAGGUUUUAUGUCGACGGAUUUGAAAAUGCAAGGAUUAUUACUAUAAACCAAAGUCAGACUGUGAUAUUAUUCUGCGAAGCUUAUAGUGACCCUGUGGCAAACAUGUUUCUAAUAAAUAAUACUCGAAAUGGACGCGAUUUACUGACUGAAACACAUAAUAACACAAUAUCUGCUUCUCUUGAAAAUGCGCGAUGCGAAUUUGACAAGGGGAUCUACCAAUGCCAAGGGAGCAACAUUCACAACGCCGUCCAGCAGGUGUGGGACAUAGAGAUCAUUAUCCGAUGUGCACCGCGAGCUUCUCCAUUUAUGCCGCCGAUACCUAAAGCUUGGACGAAAACUAACAGUAGUGUAAUUCUUACGUAUACUAUUGUGGCGUAUCCUCCUCCAAGGGCUUCGUCAGCUUAUGUUUGGCUGAAACAAGUAAAUAAUGAAUGGUCAAUUGUCAAGGAUAAUACAAGAAUUAAUAUUCACAUUUCCCAAGACAGACUGCAGACAAACUUGUCAAUAUUGCAAGCACAGGUAGACGAUUUUGCAAACUAUAAGGUUACAGUGUUCAACGACAUUGGCUCCGCAGAACAGACAUUUGCUAUUCAAGCGAAGGAAGAGCCAGCUAUGCCACAGCAAUUCCGUGUACCUGAAGAUUCGAUAACAUACAGUUCUGUAGUCGUUGAAUGGAAACCGGGAUUUAACGGCGGGGAAGAUCAAACAUUUGUUAUUGGAUUUAAACAAGAAGCGGGUAAAAAUUGGACUUACAGAACUGAAUACGAAAAUCGAACAUCAAUUGAAGGAUUAGUUGCCGGAACCUCUUAUCAAUUCAAAAUGUAUGCCGAAAAUUCGGUUGGAAGAUCGGAGGAAACCCUUGUUAUAACAUUGACUACGCGAGCCAAAUCUGAUAAUGGAUCCUCUCCAUCGAUCGGGGCUGCAGUGGGAGGGGCUGUAGGUGCAACUGUCGUAAUAGUCAUAGUGUUUGGGAUGUUUAUAUUAUGGAAGAAAUCUAAACGUAAUCAAGCCAGUGGUUCAAAGUACGAUGACUUAUUAAAUGCACAGAUUAACGUCUCUGCUGUCAGUACCAGUUCCGAGUAUGAAGCCUACCGAGUUGAUUCCCAGGACAAAAACCAGUACGAAACACUCGCUGAAACUUCUUUUCAUGAAUACUCGGCCAUAACACAUGGUGGCACACAAAUGCAUAAUAAUAUGAACCGCGUAUCUGAUGUUUCAGACAAUCAUUGUGCGAAGGAAGAAAACAGCUAUGUAAAUUUAAUGUUAUCGAAAACUGAAACUUAAAACUAUAUACUGUUCUUGGAGCGGCAUUAUAAUGACAAAGUAGAUAUCAGUUAAUUAGACUACUUACCAAUUGAUGCAUAUUUAAUAAUCUAUGUAGUGUUAUGUAUGUAUAAGAAGUAUGUAUAUGCUGUGCAUGAGCUGUUUGUAAAUGGUAUAAAAGCAUAUGUAAUGAGUAACCACAAGUACUUAUAUUUCAACACAAAGAGACUAAUUUCGAAUGACGUUUCUUAUAUCUUGAGUAUGACAUCACAAUUCGGCUUUUCCUUCAAAUACACAAGAAUUUAAUAAACACGUUAAUUACAUGUUUACACAAAACUG